UCAUCCCCAAGCGCCGCUGUGGUUUCGCCUGCUGGGUUGCAUUGAGAUGGGCAGAACUUGUCAACUCUGAUUCGACCAGCAUUUAAAUUGAAUUAACUGACAAACAGACAAAAACCAAGAGCUGGAUGACCAGAAUGAGAUGUCGAGGUGAGGUGAGCUCUGUCAGCAGGAGGACCCCAGAGCUGUACCCCGAGGCCCCAGCGGCCCCGCUGACACUCGCCACUCCCCGCUCUCAGCAGUGAGACAGCGCUGACCCGCAGCGGCCUCAGCCGGGACAGCCAUGAAGCCUGCCCACGAGCGCAACCAGGAGUCCCUGCCCCCGAAGAAACGGGACCUCCCACUCAGCAGCGGCAGCGGGGCUGGCGGGGGCGCGGGCGCGGGGGGGGGAGUGCUGGGUGUAGGGGGAGGUGGAGGAGGAGGCGGCGGCGGGGGGGAAGAGUCGACCUCCACGCGUAGCUCAGGCUCCGCAGGAAGUGACGCCCCAGGAAGCGGAGGUGCAGGGGAAUGGAUGAGAAUCCAGCCGGGGGUGCAUUAUAGCGUGGAGAACUCGGAUGGCAUAGGUGUUCCAAUAGACCAGUAUGGCAUGCUGUAUAAAGUUGCCCUCCCUUCUGGUACCUACUCACCUACCAGCCUGCACCCUGUGCUGAGUCACCUCUCUCCUGCCUACACCGUCCCCUCCCCACUCCUGCAGCACCCGGGAAUCCCCUACCCCCCGCUGGGCUACGCCCAGAUCCCACACUCCUCCCUGCAGUUCGUAGGCCCCCCUUACGCUGUCCCAUAUGCAGUCCCACCUGGCUUUGUCCCCAGUCCCUUGAUAUCGCCCCAGCCGGCCAUCCCGCAGUCCCACCACGUCUCCCACCUGGUGCCCUACCAAUCCGUCAUCCAGGAGGGGGUGGUCUCCCCUCCUCCCCAGCCCCAGACGGCCACCCAUGCUUUCACCAAAGUGGCCCCGGCCGCCGGCGUCCCCGUCGUGCUGUCCUCCGAGCAGGCGGCUCAGCAGCUCCAGCACCAGCAGCACCUGGGAGCGGUAGGCGGGCUGCCCGCGGCCGAGGUCAGCCCCAGGGGGGUGCCCGUCUUCUACCAUCACCCGGUCCGGGCGCCCCCGGCUCCUGCGGCGGCCUACAGAGACUCCGCCGACAAGGAGGUGAACGGGGGGGACGAGGAGCAGGGCGGCCGGGAGCUGCUCCAGGAGCCUGUCUAUUCCUCCAGGAACAUGCGGGUGCUGCACGUGGUGUCCACCUCGGCUUUGGCGGGCAGCCCGGAGCAGAGGCCACCUGUGGGUGCACAGCAGGAGGAGAUGAGCUCGCCUGGCCACCGGAGCACCCCGGACACCGACCUCGAGGUGCAGCAGGUGGUGGGGCGUUUGGCGUCUCCCAAUCAAGGUGUGGCAGGGAGUCGAAAAGAGGUCUCUUUUGGGCCCCUGAACCUGUCUCAGGGGUCGCACCGUGUCAGGGAGGUCCUGCCAGCUGCCCGGGGAGGGGGCAGCACCAGAGAAGAGAAUGCUGCGCCAACCAGGACUACUUACAGUGGGCAUACAAGUGACGGCAGAGCACAGUCCCGACAUCACCAGUAUGGGCAGCCAGCACAACACGCUGUAAUCCUGGCCAAUGGACAACCUGUACUAGUGCCUCUGGACCACCAUCAGCAGAUACAGCAGCAGCACCACCACCACCACCACCACCCAGGCUUGCCUAAUGACAAUGUAAUCUCUGCAACUACGGGGUCGCCGCUUGCCCUCCCAAAAGCUUCCGAGCCUCCAGCCAGAACGUGCCUCCAGGAGAGAGGGGCUGUGGAGAUUUCAACAUCGGCCCAACAGCAGCAGCAGGCCGUGGCGGUUCAGGCUCCGGCUCCUUCUCUUCCUCCUCUGGCUGCUCCUCCUGCCUCCACACCUGCUCCUGCUCCUUCCCACCCCUCCCACUUCAUGAAGGGCGCCAUCAUCCAGCUGGCCACGGGAGAGCUGAAGCGCGUGGAGGACCUGCAGACCCAAGACUUUGUGCGUAGUGCGGAGGUGAGUGGGGGCCUCAAAAUAGACUCUAGCAUGGUGGUGGACAUCCGUAAGAGCCAGCAGCGGCCGGGCCUGGUGUCUCUGCACUUCACGGUCGGGGAGCAGCAGAGCAAGGUGACAAUUGAUGUCCCUCCGGAGCACCCCUUUUUUGUUUUUGGCCAGGGCUGGUCCUCCUGUAGCCCUGACCGAACAGUGCAGCUCUAUGGGCUUCCCUGCCAUCGACUGCAAGUGGGGGAUGUCUGUGUUUCCUUAACCUUGCAGCAACAACAACAGCAGCAGCAGCAGCAGCAGCAGCAGCAGGCACAGGCCAGGACAUCCACCACUGCUAAUGCCAGUUCUAACGCUGGUGCUGUAUUGCAAUCCAUGGGGCCCCCUGCACCCCAACACGCGAGGGCCCCCAUUCAGUUACGAGCAGACAGGACUCACCGGGAGCGGGAGGAGGCGGAGGAGCCCAUGCAGAUAGGAGCUGUAGGGCUGGGAGAGACGGCAUCCCAGACAGACAGGACGUCGGCAGAGCAGGUCAGGAGCCAGAGCAGCUAUUAUUUGCACACGGAGAGCCACCCCCGGUCCGGAGGGCUGGCUUCAACGACGAGCGCCGCUCAGAGGCGCUGGUCAGCGCCCGGCUUCCAAAGAUAUGGGAUCAAGAGCGAGGAAGUGGCCAGCUCUUCUUCCCCCUCCUCCUCCUCCUCCUCCAGCUCCUCACGGCCUUCCUUCAUCCCCCAGGAGGUCAAGUUGUCCAUCGAAGGGCGCUCUAAUGCGGGGAAGUAGCAGCAACAGCCAGAGAUUGUCACAAGAGUGAGUGAAUGGGAGAAAGAGAGUGAGUGAGAGAGAAAAGCCUCAGAAUGUUUGAGAAUUUGCACACUCAAGAAGAUUACAACCCUUUUACUCUAACCCCUUGGUUUCCAAUCUUGGUUGCCUAAGGUCACUCUGAGUCCAGGUGAGUCUGGUGCUUUGAAUACUUGCGCAUGAACAGUUAACACAUCUGGUAUUUUGAAGAUGCACAGUUAAUUAGCAGGGAAGACAUAAAGCAGUGGUGUUCAUUUGUGGUUACCAGUUCAGUACAGAGCUGUUCCGAACAGCGCUGGACUGGAUUGGCUCCUCACCAGAUGUGGAAAGAUGUAGAUCUCAGCUGUGAUUACAGUGGGAGCAGUACAGCUAUAAAAUACCUACCAAAGCCUAUUCAGCUUACAUUCCUUCCAAUAGGUGGGACCCAAUCAUUUUGUGAGUAAUGAGAAUUAACCAUUGUUCUACCAAAUUCGAAUCUGUGAAUCCCAGACUGGUGGAAGGAUGAGGUUGUCUCAAUCUGAAAGCGGAACACCCAGACUAGUAGUGGUCGUAUGUACACUGAAGCUUCAUUUAGUAUAAUAACAUUUAACAUUUAUUGAAACAUUAAACAGUGUAAGUGAACUAAAGUCCUGUAACUAGUUGCUUUGAAUUGGUUUCUUUUUCAUACUAGUUGAUUCCAUGAACUGUUUUUUUUUUCUGCUUUGAUGAUGCAGUUACCAAAUUUCUGCACUUACAGUACCUCCUGGCAAGACCAAGACGAGACUCCUACAGCUACUUGCUGUGUCUUAUACUUGCUUCCGUUCUUGCUUCAUGGUCUUGUUUCAGAUGGAGUAUAAAUGUAUAAUGUCUGCAAUGCAACUGAAGAGACGGCUGCCCUCUAAAUAACAGUCCAGGGAUUUUGCUGUCUGUCGUCUGUGCCCUCCCCCUCCCACAAUUGUCUGAACCUGUUUACGGUGUCACAGCCUCUGCCUUGAGUUACUCUUCUUUAUCCCAGGUAGCAUUUCAUUGAUAUUUUUUGACACUCUGCACAGAGCCCUGUUGUAACAGAGAGUUUUCUUUGGCGUUUUGAUGUUAUGAGCCUGGGACAUCUGUCCUGAAUAAGAACAGAAGCUCCUUUAUACCUCAACAUCCCUUAAUGGAAUAUUCCUCUGUCUGGCUACUGACUGUUUUCUGUCUGGUGACUUUCAUUAACGGAUGCAGGGUCUGCUCAUCACCUAGGUUAUCUCUUUUAAGAAGCAGCAAGAGUGGAGCAAAAUUAUGCUGCAGGCAAUAUGAUAUUCCUGCCAUUCUCCAUACAAAGGUUUGACGUGUAGCCCUCCAAAGAUUGACGUUCCUUCCUCUGACUGCUGUGGUUGGGCUUGGCUGAUUGGAAACCAUGGGGAAAAUGGAAAAAAGAACAUCGCUGAAAACUCCAGCACAUUUCUGGAUGCCCAGUUACUGUUAUCAAAGCAAUAGUGAUAUCCUAAAAGUGGGUCAGUUUUCCUGAGCUUUUGAUGCUUUUGUUUGUGUUUUUGUUUCGACAGUUGGUGUAAAUGGAUUGUCAUUUCCAUAAAAAGCUCAGCAAACAUGGCCUACGACCUCUCUGUCGUUCAAAGAUGAUGCGCAAUUAUUUUGCCAUUUGUUUGGAUUAUACCCGUCUUUUUAUUUAGAUUUGUAUAUAUUUUUACAUUUUGAGGAUGUUUAGUUGGAUGCGAAAUACAAAACCGGUUUCCCUCAUUAAUAUGUGGAAAAUCCCUUGGUCUUUGUCAUUCUGUAUCUCUAAGCAUGUUGUUUUAAUUAUUCAUCAGUCCAAUUAUUCAUCAGUCUUCACUUACCAAAUGACAUUUGAUGAAUAUCUUGCAAAAUCUGUGGCUUUAAGUGAUCCAUUUAAGCAACUUUUAAAAAAGACUGCAUUAAGGGAUUUGAUUCUGAAUAAAAUAGUGGAAAUUCAGAUAUAUGUACUUGUUUUAUCACUUACAAUCUGAAGUAAAUAACGUUUCUUACAUUGGGAAGGACAGAAUUAAGUUCCUUUCACAGAAACGUAUUGACAAUGAUCGUUUUCCUGAAAUUGCCAGGAUAUCUAGAAAUCAAAUGGGUUCUGCUUAGGGGAACUUAACAUAUGCAUGUUUAUUAAAUUAAAAAAAAUCUUUGAAUAUUUGUUUAAGAAACUGACUUGCGUGGUUGAAACUGUUUACAGAUCUGCGACAGAAAUGCUAUACUUUCCCUCGUGUGGAGAUUUUUGUCAAUGAUGUAUUCAACCCGCCAUAAAGAAAAAGUGCAAUUAGAUAGGGUGUAACCAUGAGGAUAUUUGAGCAUUUUUGUAUUCCCAAAACAAAUGGUCCCCACAUUCCCAUCAGCUAAAAGUUCUGUCUCGAAGCCUAUUCCUGUUUGUUAUGUUUGUCUCAUUGCUAAAUGAUAUCUGUUUUUUUUCUCUUCCUAAUAUGAUAUUAUUUCAUCAUAAAACUGUAUUGCCGAAUGUCUUAUUCAGCCCCACCAUUGAAGCCACUAGACUUCAUGAGAGUGUUGUAUAACCCCACCACAACCACCACCAAAAAUAUUUAACUUCAGAAACAGUUUUAUUUAGAAAUAGUAUGUGUACUUCGUUUCUUGAACUGUAUUGGCAUUGCUUCUGCCUGUCGUACAAGACAUUUAAAGGAAAAAAAAUAGAUCAAUGUUCCAUCUUUAAAAUGUCUUUUUAUUUAUUGAUUUUUAAUAGAACUUCUUUCAUUCCAAAAGCUGUGUACAAUUGUAUGUAUAUAAGAUUUGAUUGGGUUUUAAGGCUGGGAAGAAGUAUGCUUAGACUUAACACUUCAUACAUUCUGAAUAACUUCUAAAUUGCUUUAUAUAGCCAUCUGUGCAUUUAUUUUCUGCCUGGUAACGUAUACCCAUGUAGUGAUUUCUAGUUUCAAAAAAAGAAUGAAUAUUUAUUUAUAAAAAAUAAUCAUUUGUGACUACUUAAGACUAAACCUCCUGGGAACUCCUGUGACCUCCAUUAUGAUGUGUUCUUUAUCAAAGCCAGCUCCAAACUAAAUUGGACAGCAAGCGUCUCAUUCUUGUACAGAGGACAAUCUGGAAUUUCUCUGUGUAUGUGUGGCUAAGAAGCCUGGUCUUUCACACAUGAGCACGUAUCUCACUUACUGUGGCGGUUAUCCUUGACAAGCACAUAUCUGUUGUGGCGAUACAGUUAGUAACUAACCAUUUCUUGUUUAUAUUCUGUUACUACUUAGCCUGUACUUUGUAUGAUAAAUCAUUUAGGGAGGUUUUGUGUGGCAUACCCAUGAAAUCCAUGUAAAAUGUGUUCAUGAAAUUGGUAGCUUUACUGCACCAGAAGGUUUAUUUUAAAAGAAUCAGAAAAUCCCAUUACCAUAUAGAGCAUCUUUCCUUAGAAUUGUAACCUCAGUGGUUAUUGUUAGUAGACAAGAUUUUAUAUUCCAGCAGGGUGGGUGGAAAUUAAUUAAGGUUACCUCAUUUUAAGCUGUCUAUGGUAAUUUGUAACUAAAAUGUAUAGUAUUUGGAAGGUGUUAUUAAUCAACUAUGUAUGAUUUGUUUUUUUAAAGAAUGCUAUAUUCUUGAAUUGAGUAGGGAUUGGAAUUGAGUAGUAAACAGAUUUUAAAUGUAAAGAGAGACGUUUCACUUACUGUUUAAAUAUAUAUUUUUAAUUCCAUAAUAUCAUCAAGUAUCUGCUAAGCAAUACACUUAGUGUCAUACCCUGCACUGUACUGAAGAAAAUCACUAGCUUAGGUGUAGCUUGUUAUAUACAGAAGAAUACCCAAAGUGUUGUGUACUUCAGGUUUCUAUAUGUACCUAUAGAUAUGUAAAGAGCUAUACUCGAAAUUACUUGUUAUAGUUUUUGUACAGUGAUGUCACUGUUGAGUAUCAUGAUCAUUGCAUGCCCAUAUAAGGGGAAUUAUAUUUAAAGAGCAUUGAUGAGCUCAAUCGUGUUUUAAAUGCGUUGUUACAGUUGUGUUAAGUGCAUCUCUGAUAUUCUUGCAUUUCCCAAAUAUAUUUCUUUAGAAUGCCAGUGCUUUUAUUAGAUGUUUUACCUCUACAAUACCACUUUCUUAUUGCUGACAUCACAACAAAUAUAGCACAGCAGUCUUCUGUUUUCAGUUUUGAAAGUGAUUAGACAGUUUUCAGAUGUGCUGUAAGUUCUGUAAAUUAUGUUGUGUUAUGCAGUGCUCUCGUUCACCCGGUCCUCUUAAAGGAGCACUGCAGUAAUGGCGAAAGGGACUGUCUUAGGUUAUUGCUAUUCUUCAACUUGCUUUUGAGGGACUAAUGCUUUUUACGUAGGCAAGUGAAUGAAAAAAACAAUUUCGUUCUUUCUUUUUCACCAUGGACAAUAGUUCCUUGCAGAUUCUUCUUGUUACUGUGGUGUUACUUCGUUUCUAGAACCUGCCCCUGUCUAUAGUUCCCUGAUAUUCCAUUGUUAUGUUUCUUAUCUUAUCUGUGCCACCUCUGGUCUUCUAUAGUGCUGGUUACCUCUUUAAAAAUGUCCCUUGCUUUGAAAAAUAGAAUGAUCUGAUGAUCUUCAUAAGCAAAUAUAUAUUCCUACAUAUGGCAAUAUUGUUAAAAUAACAUAAUUAUAUGUAAAGAUGAGAAAUUCUCACUUCCUUGGGAUAGAAACCUGACUUUAUUCAACCUGAAUUUGCCAUUAAAAUACAAGAUACAAAAUAAAAUAUGUAUCUCUACUUGAAACCGAAGUAAAAGGACUUUUUGUUUGCCUUUGUAAACUUGUUGUAAUGUUAAUGACAUUACAUUGUUUAUGAAGAUCACACUGUCACUGUGUUCUUAAAAGAUCAACUACACUCCUCCUUGUAUUUUAAAUUCCCUCCACCUCUUUCUGGGGAGCUGGUGGGCAAUUAUACUGAACUCAUAGGCAUGGUAGAGAAGGAAUUUAUCCAGACCAGAGUGUUUAUAGAGCAGGUUCUUGCUUAGUCUGCAGCAGGGUUUUUUUUGCACUUGUCCUAGAGAGCAACAGGUUGUUUUGGGAUUCAUAGCAGCUGUUCUGUAUUUUAUUUAUUUAAAGGAAUUUCUAGUAGUAAAAAUGAUUGUGAUCUCCUAGCCAGUGAUUAAAGAUGCUUUCAAAACCUGAAGAUCGGAGACUUAAGGUCGAACUUGGAAACCAAUGGUCCUAUAGAUUAGAAAUUGACCCAGUUUUCUGAUCAUGUGCAGUACAUAGAUGUACUAUAGAUGUGUCUCUGUGUUGAGUCUGGAUUUAUCCCGGUGUUCUGCUAGACACCCUUUCCUCUGUGGUCCUGCAGUAGACUGGCGUGUCAUCCAGGAUGAGAGCCGUCAUGUGAUUUCCAUCCCCGCUUGAACCCUCGAUGUUCAUCUUUUACUGGCACUCAAGUUCAGUCUUAUUUCGAGACUAUACCAAAAACAUCUUCUGAGUCACUUGAAACGUGCAUUUUAAAUUUCAAGUAUGGCAUUAAGAGUGAAAGUGGUAUAAAUAAUAAAAACCAUGCUUACACUAUAGAGCAUCUUCAUGUGAGGUUUGAUAUGGUGUUCCAACAUGACAGCUUUCAAAGUGUUGUGUUUCAGUGCAAAAUUUACUCCACUUUCCAUUUUAAAAUCACAAAACUAUAAUUAAAUAAAAAAACUUUUAAAAAUGUUGGCUUUUCCCCCCACACUAAUUUAGUCUGUUAUCAUACCUGUAUAUUUACUAUCAGCAUAUUAAGAGCAAAAUCUGUUCUGGAAGAAUAAGCUUUGACUUUUACUGUCAUAUUUCAGCUUUAGUGUAUUGCUGCUGUCGGGGUGCUAAGAUGACAGUGUCCUUCAUGCUUUAUGUAUUCAAUACGUUUAUUUCAUGAAUCUUUGAUAUGAAGUAGGCAUAUACCCCAGAUAAAAAGGUAAUGAAUUCACUCACUUGUGGUUUUCACUGGCCAUUAUCCUAGGGUUGUGUUAAGAGGAACUGCUGACUUCUUUUGAUAUUAUCAAUCAGAUUUGCCCAAAACUACCAAAAACACUUAAAUACCGAUUAGAGGCAGUGAUCUGGCUCUGAGUCUGCUGUCUUUGUCACUUCCUUUGUGCUCUGUUUCAAGAGCCUAAGGUGUGCCGGAAGAAUUAAAAUGAAAUGCCACCAUGUGCAAAAUAACCAAGUAACUGCAUUUUUCUUCUGGUAUUUUUUAACUGUUUUCAUUUGAUUUUGUUUGAAGGGGAAGGCACUAAGCAUGUAUCGUUUUCUCUAGAUGGCAAUAUAUCAGUUAAUAUUUCUUAUACCAUUGUGUAUGAGACAUCACACACUUUGAAUGCUUUCUAAUUGUGCACAGAUGAAACAAAUACAAAGUUGCUAACUCUUUAGCUGCUACCUGCUCCACCAUGCUGCAAAAUGGAGCGAGGAACCAGUCUUUACUGAUUGUCAAGCCAUUUGAAUGAUUACCUGCUGUUCUGUGGCAGAGCUCCAAAAUGAGCUCUGGCUGAUGUGCAGGUGGCGACAGUAGUAACUGCACUUUGAAGAAACCUCACUCACCUGUUUGUUACUCCUACGUUUGUACUUAUUUUAUGAAAAAUCUGUUGCACUUAAAUUAAUAGAAUAGUAGUACCACAAACUGUUCGUUAAAAAUACUUUUAUAUAUACUUGAUGUUUUGUAUCUUACUAAGCUUGUCAAUAAUGCCUUAAGAACAGCUAUGUGAUUUUAGAAUGACAGGCACAAGUGACUUUUGUUGAAAUGUUUAGGUAUAUUGAAAGAGGUCAACGGAUUUCAUAUUUAAGCAAUGACUCAUGUGUGACAGUUUUAUUAUUUUAUACUACGGUGGUAGCAUCUUAUGCAUAAGAAUAGUUGGUCUUUUUGUGGUGGGAAGAGCAACUGGCAAAUUUGGAUUGGGGGGGGGACAUCAUUGAUUUGUUUCCAUAAGACAAAACAACCCAGGAUUAUACAAUCCUGUAUUAUCAAGUUGGAGCGAAAUGUGCUACUAUUUUUCUUUGGAACUAGUCCAUUGUCUUUUUCAUUUCUGAAAGGGACACACGUAGGAAACUAUCCCUCCUUCUUUGUUAACGGUAGCAUUGUUGGCUUACUUGGAUCUAACAUCUAUUGAAAGGUUAAUGGUGAGUUGGGAGGAUUAGUGGGAUUUAGAUAAAAAAACGUGAGCAGUAUUUUGUGUUUAAGCUGGAACCAGAGUGGAGGUGAUAGGAAGAAAACCUCAGUAUAGUCAGGAUUCCCUGGAUUACUCUUUUCCUUUGCUCUUUUGUGAAGCCAGUGCUGAGUGUACCAAUAGCCCUUGCACACCAGCUACUUUGAUGGUGUAGAAAAGGUGCCUGAUUUCAGUUACUGUAUGUUUGCUCAGCAGUGGUAGGAGAAUGAGCUGAGAGCGAGAGGUUAAAGUAAGUCCUAAGCAAGUAAACGUGAUUUAAUUUUAAAGUUUACAAACAAAACCUCAAAUAUCUGACUAAAAACUCUGAGGAAAGGCCAGUUUAACUUGUCCUGAAUUCUUUACCAUAAAUUGAAUUUUUUUUUUUUAAGCACAAAGAUGUGGCGUUUUCUUUUCAGUGUUCAUUUCUUUUCAAGUCAGAAUUAGCACAGAGUCUGCAUUUUUGCUCAUAAAUUUUAAGUGGUAGUUAGGGAAAGAUGGAACACGUGGUGUACCUGCAAUUCGGAAAAAUAAUUUGCCCCUGUCAGCCAUGGUAGCGCACUCACCACCAGUGUAAGCAUCCUAACAAUGUUUAAUCUCAUGGAAACAAAAAAAUGAUGUGCAUACUUAUGAUAUAUUGAUAUGAGAUUGUCAGAAAUUUAAAAAAGGGUGUGAUAGGGCAGCUAAUGGUUGAUGAUGUGAGAGCAAGUUGGGGGAGAUAAAGAUAGUUAUAAGUUAAUCAUAUGUAUUAUCAAGAUACAGUAUAUGUGCUUCUGGCACUAUGUGACACCGCUUUUAAAUGUUUGUGAUAAAAACAGAUUUUUUUAAUACAUAAAAACUGCAAAAAAUUAUGCAAUUCUGUCUGUAAUAUUGAAUCCUCAAGUAUAAUCCAGGAUGUAUAAACUUGUACAGUGAGUUUUAAUAUCUAAUGGCCGUACCAAUAUGUAUUAAUUCUUAUCAGAAGCCUUAGAAUUGUCAACCCAAGUGCUCCCUUUUCUUAGAAUUACCCUACACCUACCUGAAUUUUGAAAGCAUUAAUAACUAUAUUUUGUUGCGUUUAUUUGUACCUGUUUUGAAUAAAAUAGAUUUGUACUGUAUAUUUGUAUCUUUCUGUGAACUACUUGGCUGUUUUUUUUCUUUGCUGUUUAAUUCUAUGUACUUAACGACACAAAGAUAUUGUAUUUUUAUUGUUACAGCUAACUUCUUAUGGAAAAUUGCAUUUAUCUUGUUGGUUAAGUAAACACAGUAUAAUAUAUAUAAUAUG